AUGAGCGUCCGACAUAUUAUUGGAUAUAUGAAUCAGGUGCAGGAUGCUGACCCCAGCACGACCACCCGUGCUUCGCCCAUCCAAAUCCAAAGUGAAGGUCUCGGCCAUAAUACCGCCAAGGAUGGAUGCCCACCGGGACACAUCUCGGACUGCCGAUAUAUUGUCAUGAUGCACCCUCUUAAACGCGACAGCAACCUAGACCUCGACCAAGAAGUCACUAUCGCCUCUACAGGUACACACAGGAUUACCACAACAACGCAAGAUGACCCAGAGUGGUUCAAGCUACUCAACACCCACCAGGAAAAACAGCAAACAGGAACGACAGUCUCCCCAAAACCAACAAUCAAUUCUCUAAAAGUGGGCGACCUAGUUUGGUAUUCGACCACCAUGUCCCCCACAGCCGCAGACCAGAUCCAACAACAACAACUCAAACACCAAAUCAAAUACCUCAUCCCCGACCUACCCGUCCAGAUGUACGGACGUGUUCAGAGUCACCCACCUAGUUGGGGGCUUGACAGGAUUGAUCAACGGACGGAUAAACUGGAUGGGCUUUACCAUUACCCUAAGUCUGCUGGGCAGAACGUUACCAUCUAUGUUAUCGACACUGGCGUUAACACUGACCACAAGGACUUUGAGGGGAGGGCGCAGCAUGGACCGGUCUUUGCACAAGGAGUACAACAAACAGACAAUACCGACAAGAACGGACAUGGUACCUUUGUUGCUGCUCUGGCGGCUGGUGCGACAUAUGGUGUUGCUAAGAAGGGUCAGAUCGUCUCCCUAAAAGCCCUUGACGACGCAGGUUCAGGCCGACUCUCGAACGUUUUAGCUGCGAUCGAAUGGGUUGUCAAGCGCCAUGUCUCCCAAGGCAGUACCGCCCGCUCCAUCAUCAAUCUAUCGCUAGGAGCGGAGUUCAACGAACCAACAAACGAAGCCAUCCAAGAAGCAAUGCGCCUCGGAAUCCACUUCUCAAUCGCCGCUGGAAACGACGGAAAAGACGCCUGUCAAUUCUCUCCGGCCUCGACCCCGGGCGCAAUGACCGUCGGCGCCACCGACAAGGACGACACCAUCGCCUCCUACUCCAAUUUCGGCCCUUGUGUCGCCAUUUUUGCGCCCGGGUCUGCUAUCGUCUCUGCAUGGGCCGAAUCCAACACUGCUACGCAUGUUCAAAGUGGGACCUCAAUGGCUUCUCCACAUGUUGCGGGGUUGAUGGCAUUGUUGUUGUCCGAGUCGCCUGGAGAGAACAUCCCGGUCAAGGUCAUGAAUGAACGGAUCUUGAGGUCUGUUACAAAAUUCAGUCUCAAUGGUCAGUUGCGAUCGACCACAUAUCUUGGAACUGCACGGAAAAGCCCUAGCGCGUAA